UCCUUGUAUGGAAGUAAAGAUGAAAAACUCUCAGUCGCUAAAAAGAUAAAACGAUUAAGCAACAUGUCUUAAAAGAAGUUCAAAAAUGGCAGGUGAACAGGCGAAAUUUACCGUGAACAAACUGACCAUUUCGAUGCAUGUCUGUCCUUUUGCGUUAGAUGUGGAUUGCACAGCUGAACAAACCUCUUCCAAAAAUGUAUUCAAAAGGAAACUUAAAACUCCAUGUAUUCAUAUAUCCUCGGAGGUGUGUGAAAAUGCGGUCAUCUGAUUGGUCUUUUGCUAUUAUCCUUCUUGACUUUCAUCUGGGACAACACCCAUACACUGAAGAGUGACUCAUAACAUUUAAAUUGGUAGAUUCCACGAAAUAACGUAUAGUUCAUUCCGCGAAAAAGCUGGAUAAUGUGGUAUUUUUAAUAACAGUUCACGUUUUAUUCAAGGACGAGUAUACACACAGCGGACUUUUAUUUCGCUAUGGAUAGUUCUACAUGAGAGUUCUAGAAAACAUACUGUUAGUGUGAUUGGUCACUGAAAACAAAAAUAAAACCUGUUUCACUGAAACCUUUGAGAGGCCUCGCCCAAACAUCAAGCGAAGUGUCAUGGUGUUAUUGAAACGAGAGCAGUUACCUUAAGCAGGAAAUUUGAUACGACUUUCUCAGACAUCAAACUUGGUACACUGGUACACCAUCAGGAGAAGAGGACCCCUAUUGAUUUUGAGUUCACAUGCUCAAAGAUUAUUGGCAUUACCCCCUGGGAAAAAAUGAAUGACACAAUCACAGAAUUAGGACCAUCUUCAUUCAGUAGAAACAGCAUGCUCCACAAAGCAAUUGAAGAGAAUCGUGGUGAUAUCGUACGAAUAUGGUUUAAUGUGGGACCAGCCACCGUCGUCAAUGCUCCAAACAUAUGGCUACAAACACCACUUCAUUACUCAGCUAUGAAAUUCAACACCCCUCUGCUUGAAAUGUUGCUUGCGAUACCGAUAGCCAAUCCCAAACUCCAGGAUAUAAAUGGAUUCAAUGUUCUUCACUGUUACAUUUACAAUAUCUUGACUCUCCCGCACGACGACUGGCGAAGAAUAAUAGAAAUUCUUUUAAAUAUGGGCAUUGAUGUGAACCAGAGGACGAAGUAUGGAUACACGGUUCUGCACCUGGCUUGUAGAUAUCGCACGUCCCCAAGCGUUUUAAGGUAUUUGUUGGAAUCGUGUCAUAGGGUUGAUAAGUUGAUUGUCAACAAUGAUGGCGAAAAUUUUCUGCACACAUUUGUCCAAAGUCUCAAUAACGGUAUAGCCAGGUCGGAACACUUCAAAGAGAAAUUCUCUCUUCUCGAAGAUAUCGUCAAUAAAAAAAUACCAAACUUAUCUUUGGAUAUACUGAAAUCAUUGCUGCAACAGCAAAAUGAUAAUGGUGCGACACCAUUUCAUCUUAUUAUCAGUCAUUUUGAUAAAUAUCGAAAAGUAAACGCCGUUGACAUUUUAAGGAAGAUGACCAGUUUUGCAGACUGUGCAACAAAACCGGAUAACCUGGGAAAUCACCCAAUUCAUAUUGCAAUCGCUUGCACACCAAAGGCAACGUCUCCUGACCUGUUGAAAAUGCUCGUAAAAACAGGCAACAGAGGAGAUUCUAAAAAUGUUUUUCAGCAAACGGCUGCACAUUUGGUGAGAACAAACGAAGGAAAUCUUUCCUCUGAAAAAAUUAAAUCUCUUCGUAGUUUAAAAAAAAUAGCAAAGGUUGUCUUCAACUCCCAAGACAAAUGGCUUUCAACUCCAUUGAUGAAUAUCAGUGAUUGUGAUCCCGAUUGCUACUAUACACUAAAUGAAAUAUCAGAUAGUUUCCCAAACGUCAAUGCGAGAGAUGAGUUUGGUGCGUCUGCUCUUCAUUAUGCUGCAUAUCACGACGAAGAAAAGUUCUCAAAUUGGCUAAUUGAAAAAAGUGCGAAAACAGACAUCAAGGAUAAAUUGGGAGACACUCCAUUAGACACCGCAAGGAGACAUUUAAAUUUUACAACAGAAAAAAUAAUUUUGAAAAGUGAAGAAUCAGAAGUUCUCUACAAUAUUGAUCAGGAUUUUAUCAACGAUGUCCUAGGACUUCGGCGCAUGAAACCCAUUCAUAUGAAUGCAGAUGAAUUUGUAGAUAGACUUCUUCAGCAGAAGUAUAGACAAGCUCUGGUGUCCGACGAAGACAAAUUAAUCAUAGAUACUAUCCACUCUUUCGUCAAACUACUCUGCAGCAAAGUUGAAGAAUACGAUUCAAGAUUUCGAAUUGCAUUGCUACAAUCUGGCAGUACAUCUGAGGGAACAAAAGUAGGUCCGCCAGAUGAAUUUGAUUUCCUGCUCUGCCUAGACGCCUUCAGUGAAAUAACGGAGAUUGUUAUGAGAAAACGUGCUGGAAAUGACCAGAAUGCUGCUUUAAAGUUGAAAGUCGCUGAAAAUCACAGAUUUUUAGAGUAUUUUGACGAAGAAGGUGUGUUUACAACUCCAACUGUUUUCAUGCAUUUACACAAAUAUCUGACAAAAGCAAUGUACGAUACAUCUGUCUGGGAGAAUUUGAAAUUUAGAAAUUUGAGUUACGUUUUUGAAAUGCCUUUACUGAAGAAGGAAAUGGAUACGACAGUCUUUAUGUCACAUUUGAUAUGGAUGGGAUGUCGACACAAACAACUUCGAAUCAAACUCGACAUGGUUCCCGUCAUUAGAAAUAAAGCGUGGUGGCCCAUAGAUCCCUGGUCUUUACCACUGAUGUCACGUGAGAUCCAUGAUGCCGGAUGUCUUCUAAUGCUUGAUACUAAAGACGAUCUCGAAAGAUUUACGUCUGAUUCCAUGAAGGAGACAAUCGUGGGCAGCAUUAAUCAUAUGCAGCCUCUUGUAACCGACCUGUCUGUCUCCACAGCACCGGCCGAAAUCUGUCUGAUGCGAUCACUUCCAGUAGUAGUCCGCGAGAGCUAUGCCUUAGCUAAGUUACUUACAAAGUUUUGUCAGGAAGAUGACUUAACAAGCUACAUGCUUAAAAACUGUGUCUUUUAUGUGUUGAGGGAUCUAGGUUGGAAUGCUAAAAAUCCAGACGUUUUCAAAACCAGUUUGAGUGUACGAGAGAUAACAAUUUUAGUUUUGAAGAAACUGUUAACGUUCAACAAGACUCGCUGUCUACCAAGGUUUUUUCUCCCUGAUAUCAACAUAUUUCUUGAAGACGAUGGAAAUAUUGAACAAAAAUCAAGAAGACAAUUAGUAAAUUUUCUGUUGAGAAUACUAGGAGUUGAUGUUUCCCUCGAUACCUUUGUCUACGAAAGUGAUGACAAUGAUGUUAGUGAAGAUAGUAGUAACAGUAGUGAUGAUGGCAGUGACGACAGUGAUGUCGAUUAGAAAAAACCUCCCCGCAGAUAAAAUUGAACGCUUAUGACUAGACAUUUUGACAGUUGCUUCUACAGAAAAUGGAAACCACAAAUAUUCAUAUUUAGUGAUCGGUCAUCCAAAAAAUUUCUUUGUUAAUCACUAUUCUGAUUCCACGCACAAGUACUCUAGUUGAAAUAAAAAUAUACUGGAGUUCCUCAUUGACAA